CUAAGUACAUUGAUUUAAAGGUAUAUGUAGAAAAUAUCGCGAAGCACAUCUGUGCUUUGCUCUCAAGCAGGGCGCUUCUUGUACCUCAGUCGGUGGAAGUCUGCACUGUAAUUCCUCGAUGACUUGUAAAACAGUAUUUUGUGCAAUGGUCAAUAUGUAUUGCAGAAUUUAGGAAGGAACUGUUGCAUUUUUAAAUCAAAUUAUUUCAGUUUUGAUUAAAAUCAAAAUGGAUGAAAAAGAUCAGAAGAUCAUUGUGAUUGUCAUGCAAAGUAUCUUCAGCUUGGUGGGCACCAUCGGAAACUCUCUUGUAUUAUACAUUUACCUGAGGAAAAAAGACAAGUCGACGUCCAGUAUAUUUAUUUUAGGCUUGGCUGGAGCCGAUUUCUUCACAUGUUUAGUGAUAAUCCCAUUUAAUAUCGUAACUGUGUAUCUCGACUACAAACAUGGAUAUGAUGCUAUGUGCCAGUUGUAUAUGUUUCUGAUAACCGGCGGUGUACCAUUUGCAACUCUCAUUAUGGUGGCCAUUGCAUUUGAUAGAUACUUUUGCAUCUGCCACCCAUUUCUGCAUGUAAUAACAAUUUUCCGAGCGAAACUGAUCAUUUUCAUUCUACUAAUUUUUGCUGGUACUCUAGGUGUCCUGGUAGCAUUAAUGUAUGGAAUAAACGAUAUGAAUGGAUUGGUACCCGGCUCCCCGAAAAAUAAUUCGUGUUCCUUUAAUACAUCCAUUUUAUACGGAUCAGCUGAGUGCAACUCAACAAAAUAUGAAGUGAACGACUCUUUAGAUGUAGCAGAAAGUUUCUAUGACCCGUCGUAUGGAAUGUGUAUACCAAAAUAUGACAUCUUUAAUGAGGAUUUUGUGUUACUUUUUUCUAAGAUCCAUGCUGUUUUAUAUCUUCUUAUGUUUUUAUUUGUUGUAGUACUAUACUCUUUAAUAUAUCGAGAGAUACAUGUGAGACGAGCAAGAAAGGCUAAAAGAAAACGGUCAAGUCUUUAUCCGAGUCAAAGUUGUCAACCUGAAGCUUCUCUAGCAGAAACGGAAAUGACAUUGAUGCAUGUUCAACAAUCAGACGGAAAUGCCAAUAAUACAGUUAAAAAUGCAAGAACUCGAAAGAUUGGUGCAACUCUUAAGGAAAAGCAAUUUUAUGCCAACAUUAGAACGGCAGCCAUGUUGUUUAUUGUCACCAUUGUUUUCUUAAUUGCUUUUCUACCAGCCUUACUGAUGACACAGGAACUUAUUCCAUUCAACAUUGUUAUUUUCUAUACCUAUUUUGUAUACAAUACAACAAAUCCAGUCAUAUAUUCUUUCAUGAACAAAUCAUUUAGAACGGAGCUGAAAAACCUGUAUGGAAAAAUGUGUAAGGGAAAUCGAAAACAUAACGGAUAAGAAGAUUGAACUAACUUUACAUCUGUUGUAUCAGAGUGCGUGACUUUGUAGAUUGACUUUACAAAAAUGGCCGAAAUUUCAAUAAUGUAACAUUUGUUCUUGUAUGUGCCUUGAUUUUGUAGACUGAAUAAAACAAAAAAAAUG